CUUAGUUGUGAAUCGUGACUGUGGAUGCUAGUACUCAAGUUAUGCUUUUAGAGUUUCUCUCACAAAAUUACACUGCUCAGCUCGAAGAAAAUUAUAUGAAAGUGGAUGAUUUACUGAAGAAUUUGAGAAGAAAAAAAGGGGGGGGGGGAAAGACCGGCAUAUCGCUUACGCGGCCAUCAGUGAAUUCUACCGGCAGAUUCAGCAAAUAACUUCAAAGCGAGCGGACGACUUUUUUUUACUCUCGUGAUCUAGAUAAGCAAGAUCUUUAUCAUUUUAUGUCUACUGUAUUACACCAUUGGAGCUAUAUUACAUGAGCAUCAACUAUCAAGAGAAAUUACGUGGAUAUAUAAUGGGAACGUACACGCUAAGUCUGAUCCUGAUGGGAUCGUUAGCCUGUGUAUUUUCGGCCGCGAACGGAAAUCUGUGUGGAGAAAAUCAGUUCCAAUGCGACAACAACAAUUGCAUUCAAAGUAUAUGGAAGUGCGACAAUGAAGACGACUGUGGAGACAAUUCCGAUGAGACAGUGUGUGGCCAACUGGCAUGUAGCUCUGCAGAGUUUGAAUGCGUUGAUUCAGGAGCAGGUAACGGAGGCUCAACAUGUAUUCCAGCAAGAUGGCGCUGUGACGGUGACAGUGACUGCCCGGACGCGACUUUGCGUUUUACACCCUGGCCUGGACAUUUUCCCGGUAAAUAG